ACUGCUUUCCUCUUCAAAACAGCAUCAGUUCUCCAGGGAGGACUGGAAGAGAAGCACAUUAUUCAUUGACGUGUUGGUCUGUCUAGGCUGAACCUUCCUCGUCCACCAUGGGUGAUGCUCUGAUGGCAGAGUUUGGAAAGGCUGCUCCUUUUCUGAGGAAGUCAGACAAGGAGCGUCUGGAAGCUCAGACUAGACCUUUUGACAUCAAGACCGAAUGUUUUGUUGUUGAUGAUAAAGUAGAGUUCAUGAAAGGACAGAUCCUCAGCAAAGAAGGAGGCAAAGUGACUGUCAAGAAGGAGGAUGGGACAACUGUGACGGUGAAGGAGACAGAUGUUCAUCCCCAAAACCCGCCAAAGUUUGAUAAAAUCGAGGACAUGGCUAUGUUUACGUUCCUUCAUGAGCCGGCGGUGCUAUUUAACCUCAAAGAGCGUUACGCUGCAUGGAUGAUUUACACCUACUCUGGGCUAUUCUGUGUCACUGUCAACCCAUACAAGUGGCUCCCCGUCUACGACUCCGAGGUGGUGGCAGCCUACAGGGGUAAGAAGAGGAGUGAAGCUCCCCCUCACAUCUUCUCCAUCUCUGACAAUGCCUACCAGUACAUGCUGACCGACCGGGAGAACCAGUCCGUCCUCAUCACCGGAGAAUCUGGGGCAGGAAAGACUGUUAACACCAAGAGGGUCAUCCAGUACUUCGCCAGCAUUGCAGCAGUUGGAGGCGGGGCCAAAAAAGACAGCAGCAAAGGGACCCUGGAAGAUCAAAUCAUCCAGGCAAACCCAGCACUGGAGGCCUUUGGCAACGCCAAAACACUGAGAAAUGACAACUCGUCUCGCUUUGGAAAAUUUAUCCGAAUUCAUUUUGGCACAAGUGGUAAACUGUCGUCAGCUGACAUCGAGACGUACCUGCUGGAGAAGUCUCGUGUAACUUUUCAGCUAAAGGCUGAAAGGAACUACCACAUCUUUUACCAGAUCCUGUCCAAUCAAAAGCCUGAGCUGUUGGAUCUGCUGCUUAUCACCAAUAAUCCAUACGACUACUCGUACAUCUCCCAAGGAGAGGUAACAGUCGCCUCCAUCAACGACUCAGAGGAGCUGAUGGCCACUGACAGUGCCUUUGAUGUUCUAGGUUUUACCCCUGAAGAAAAAAUGGGUGUCUACAAACUGACCGGUGCCAUCAUGCACUACGGCAACAUGAAGUUUAAACAGAAACAGCGAGAGGAGCAGGCAGAACCCGACGGUACUGAGGCUGCAGAUAAAUCCGCUUACCUCAUGGGCCUCAAUUCUGCCGACCUCAUCAAAGGGCUGUGCCAUCCCAGAGUCAAGGUCGGGAACGAAUACGUUACCAAGGGCCAAAGCGUUGACCAAGUCUACUACGCCAUCGGAGCACUGGCUAAGUCUGUGUAUGAGAAGAUGUUCAACUGGAUGGUGGUUCGGAUCAACCAGUCGCUGGACACUAAGCAGCAUCGUCAGUACUUCAUAGGAGUGCUGGACAUUGCUGGUUUUGAGAUAUUUGAUUUUAACACAUUUGAACAGCUGUGCAUCAAUUACACAAACGAGAAACUGCAACAGUUUUUCAACCAUCACAUGUUUGUCCUUGAGCAAGAAGAGUACAAGAAGGAGGGGAUUGAAUGGGAGUUUAUCGACUUUGGGAUGGAUCUUCAGGCCUGUAUCGAUCUGAUUGAGAAGCCUUUAGGAAUCCUUUCAAUUCUAGAGGAAGAGUGCAUGUUUCCCAAAGCCAGCGACCAGACCUUUAAGGCUAAGCUUUAUGAUAAUCAUCUAGGCAAGAACAAGAUGUUUGAGAAGCCAAGGGCAACCAAGGGGAAAUCAGAGGCUCAUUUUGCCCUGGUUCACUACGCUGGCACUGUUGAUUACAACAUUGGUGGUUGGCUGGUCAAGAACAAAGACCCUCUAAAUGAAACCGUGGUUGGUCUUUACCAGAAAUCCUCUCUGAAGCUGUUAAGUCUGCUGUUUUCAAGCUACUCAGGAACUGACGGCGCAGAAAAAGCAGGUGGCAAAGGAGCCAAGAAGAAAGGUUCUUCCUUCCAGACAGUGUCUGCUCUUCACAGGGAAAACCUGAAUAAGCUGAUGACCAACCUGAAGACCACCCAUCCCCACUUUGUCCGCUGUCUGAUUCCGAAUGAAAGGAAAACUCCAGGGGCCAUGGACAACUGCCUUGUGAUGCACCAGCUCCGGUGUAAUGGUGUUCUGGAAGGCAUCAGAAUCUGCAGGAAGGGGUUCCCGAACAGGGUGCUCUACGGUGACUUUAAGCAGCGCUACAGAAUCCUGAAUCCCUCUGCCAUCCCAGAAGGCCAAUUCAUCGACUGUAAGAAGAGUGCUGAAAAGCUGCUGGGAUCCCUUGACAUUGACCACACACAGUACAAGUUUGGACACACAAAGGUGUUCUUCAAAGCCGGGCUGCUGGGAACCCUGGAGGAGAUGCGAGAUGAGCAACUCUCUCGGAUCAUCACCAGGAUUCAGGCUAAUGCCAGAGGGCUGCUGAUGAGGGAAGAGUUUGCCAAACUGGUGGAACGCAGAGAUGCCCUGAUGGUUAUUCAGUGGAACUUAAGAUCCUUUCUGGGUGUGAAGAACUGGCCCUGGAUGAAGCUGUUUUUCAAGAUAAAACCCCUUUUGAAGAGUGCAGAGGCAGAGAAAGAGAUGGCCAACAUAAAGGAUGAAUUCAAAAAGGUGAAGGAAGCACUGGAGAAAUCAGAAACACGGCGGAAGGAACUAGAAGAGAAAAUUGUGACUCUUCUUCAAGAGAAGAAUGAUUUGACUCUGCAGAUACAGUCUGAACAGGACACCCUGACAGACGCUGAGGAACGCUGUGAACAGCUGAUUAAGAGCAAAAUUCAACUGGAGGCCAAACUGAAAGAGAUGAAUGAAAGACUAGAAGAUGAGGAGGAAGUGAAUGCUGAUCUUACAGCUAAGAAGCGCAAGCUUGAAGAUGAGUGCUCUGAGCUGAAGAAGGACAUCGAUGACCUAGAGCUAACUUUAGCCAAGGUAGAAAAGGAGAAGCAUGCUACAGAGAAUAAAGUUAAAAACCUCAUGGAAGAGAUGGCUUCCCAGGAUGAAAACAUCCUGAAGUUGACCAAAGAAAAAAAAGCACUGCAGGAGGCCCACCAGCAGACACUGGACGACCUUCAAAGUGAAGAAGACAAGGCCAACAGUCUGACCAAAGCCAAAGCUAAGUUGGAACAGCAGGUAGAUGAUCUGGAGGGCUCCCUGGAACAAGAGAAGAAAGUCAGAAUGGACCUGGAGCGCUCAAAGAGGAAGCUGGAGGGUGACCUGAAACUGAGCCAGGAAACCCUGAUGGACUUGGAGAAUGACAAGCAGCAGCUGGAAGAAAAACUAAAGAAAAAGGACUUUGAGGUCAGUCAAAUAAACUCAAGACUGGAAGAUGAGCAGAUUGCUUCAGUUCAGCUCCAGAAGAAGAUGAAAGAAAACCAGGCAAGAAUUGAGGAGCUGGAGGAAGAGCUGGAGGCUGAGCGUGCAGCGCGGGCCAAGGUGGAGAAGCAGCGCUCAGAUCUUUCCCGUGAGCUGGAGGACAUCAGUGAACGUCUGGAGGAAGCCGGAGGGGCCACAUCUGCUCAGGUGGAGUUAAACAAGAAGAGAGACGCUGAAUUUCAGAAGCUGCGCAGAGAGCUGGAGGAGUCGACUCUACAGCAUGAAGCUACCGCUGCCACCCUGAGGAAGAAACAUGCUGACAGUGUUGCUGAACUGGGAGAACAGAUAGAUAACCUGCAGCGUGUGAAGCAGAAACUGGAGAAGGAGAAGACAGAGCUCAAACUGGAGCUGGACGACUUGGCCUCAAACAUGGAGAGCAUCGUCAAAAACAAAUCUAACAUAGAGAAAACGUGUCGCACCAUGGAAGACAACAUGAACGAGUACAAAAGUAAAUACGAGGAAGCUCAGCGAAGUGUCAAUGACUUGACCACUCAGAAGGCCAAACUGCUAACUGAGAAUGGAGAGCUAGGACGUCAGCUGGAGGAGAAGGAGUGCUUGAUUUCUCAGCUGACCAGAGGAAAGAACUCCUACAACCAACAGGUUGAAGAUCUGCGCAGACAACUAGAGGAGGAGGUAAAGGCCAAAAAUGCUCUGGCACAUGCUCUACAAUCCGCUCGCCAUGACUGUGAUCUGCUUCGGGAACAGUUUGAGGAGGAGCAGGAAGCCAAGGCGGAGCUACAGAGAGCUCUGUCUAAGUCCAACACAGAAGUAUCCGCCUGGAGAACCAAGUAUGAGACUGAUGGAAUCCAAAGAACAGAGGAACUUGAAGAAGCAAAAAAGAAGUUGGUUCAGAGACUGCAGGAAGCUGAGGAGGCAAUCGAGGCGGUGAAUGCAAAGUGUUCAUCUCUGGAGAAGACCAAACACCGCCUUCAGAAUGAGAUUGAAGACCUCAUGCUGGAUCUGGAGAGAUCUAACGCUGCAUCUGCUGCCCUCGACAAAAAACAAAGAACCUUUGACAAAGUCCUGGCAGAAUGGAAGCAAAAGUUUGAGGAGUCACAGUCUGAACUGGAAGCCUCUCAAAAGGAAGCUCGUUGUCUGAGCACUGAACUCUUCAAAUUGAAAAAUGCCUACGAGGAAUCCCUGGAUCAACUGGAGACAAUGAAGAGAGAGAACAAGAACCUUCAGGAGGAGAUUUCUGACCUGACUGAGCAGCUCGGAGAGGGCGGCCGCAGCGCCCACGAGCUGGAGAAGAUCCGAAAGCAGCUUGAACAAGAAAAGGCUGAACUGCAGUCUGCACUGGAAGAGGCGGAGGGUUCCCUGGAACAUGAAGAGACCAAGAUCCUCCGUGCUCAGAUGGAAUUUAACCAAGUGAAGGCUGAAAUAGAGCGUAAGCUGGCUGAAAAAGAUGAGGAAAUGGAGCAGGCCAAGAGGAACUACCAAAGAAUGUUGGAGUCUCUUCAAUCCUCUCUGGAGUCUGAAACCAGGAGCAGAAAUGAAGCCUUGAGGAUCAAAAAGAAGAUGGAGGGUGACCUCAAUGAGAUGGAAAUCCAGCUGAGCCAAGCCAACAGGCAGGCAGCAGAUGCCCAGAAACAGGUCAAGACCCUUCAGGCUUUCCUAAAAGAUGCUCAGCUCCAGCUGGACGACGCACAACAUGCCAACGAUGACCUGAGAGAAAACAUGGCUUUGCUGGAGCGGCGCAGCAAUCUCAUUCAGGCUGAGCUAGAGGAGGUGAGGGCGGCCCUGGAGCAGACCGACAGGAGUCGUAAACUAGCAGAACAGGAACUGACAGAUGCAACAGAGCGGAUGCAGCUGCUGCAUUCCCAAAACACCAGCUUGAUCCAUCAGAAGAAGAAGCACGAGGCAGAUCUCCUCAGCCUGCAAAACGAACUGGAAGACGCCAUACAAGAAAACCGCAAUGCUGAGGAGAAAGCCAAGAAGGCCAUUACUGAUGCAGCCAUGAUGGCCGAGGAGCUCAAAAAGGAGCAGGACACCAGCGCCCAUCUGGAGCGAAUGAAGAAAAACAUGGAACAGACGAUCAAGGACUUGCAGCACCGUCUGGAUGAAGCAGAGCAGCUCGCCAUGAAGGGCGGCAAGAAGCAGCUCCACAAGCUGGAGGCUCGCAUCAAAGAGCUGGAGAACGAGUUGGAGGCAGAGCAGAGGCGAGGAACCGAGUCCAUUAAGGCGGUUCGCAAAUACGAGCGCCGCAUCAAGGAACUCACCUACCAGACGGAGGAGGACCGCAAGAACAUGGCACGCCUGCAGGAUCUGGUGGACAAGCUUCAGCUGAAGGUCAAGUCCUACAAACACACAGCUGAGGAGGCAGAGGAGGCGGCAAACGCCAACAUGGCCAAACUCCGCAAGCUGCAGCACGAGCUGGAGGAGGCAGAGGAGAGAGCGGACAUCGCAGAGUCGCAGGUCAACAAGCUGAGAGCCAAGAGCAGGGAUGGAUCCUCCAAGAAAAGCUUGGAUGACUGAGGAGGUCUGGGUUCUGGUUCUGGACGUCUGGUAGCGAACCCGCCACGCCUCUGAUCUCUACAACCUUCCUGCUGACAAAUAAAAACUGUGUUUGAUGUGGAAAUGAUGCUCAGCUGCUGUAAUGACCUGUUAGGAUAUGUUGCUUUUCCAUCAAACCUUCCAGCAUUUAGCUUCAAACUCUAUGCUGUGAUUCUAUAUAGAUAUAUACACACAGUGUGCAGUUCACAUGUUUCUAGAUCUAUAACAUAAAUUAUUUCAUCAUCAUGACUGUAGAUUUUGAUCAACAUUUCACCAAAUUUUAACCCUUUGCAUGUAGGUUGUUAUAAAUGUUUAUGUUUGUAGGAAUCAUUGAAGCGACUGAAGCCACCAGAUUUAGAGCCGAGAUGUUUGGUUCAGCAGACGCCAUGUUGAUGCUGAGUGGCUUUGAUUUGAUCUUCUAAGCUCUGUAGACUCUGUAGACAGAUGAGAAUAAAAGCUGAUGAGAACGGCU